AUGUCGAGCGGAUUCCACGGCUUCAGGCACGAGAAUGGUCGCCGCAACGGCGUGCGGGAGGCUGUACAUGGACGAGGGGAUGUGGGAAGGACAGCGUUUGGGCCCAUUGUGCCCCAAUGGGACCAGGUCCAACGUAUCCUCGACCAUGUCGGCGUCAUCCCGGUCUCCGUUGCCGUCCGCCAUGUCGUUGUUGACUCGCCACGCCGCGCCGCCAGUCGUCUUUCGCGUGUGCACUGGAACUAUGCUGACGCUCCAUCUAGGGACAUGCCUCCUCCUGGAGGCUACGAGUCGCUGAAGUACAAGCGUAACCUCCCCACCCGCGGUCCCGGCGGUGCCGUCGUCUUUGGCGCUGUCACCAUCAUCUGCGCUCUUGGCUUCUGGCGUCUCGGCGAGGGCAACCUCGAGCGUCGCGAGCUCAAGCGUGAGAAGGCCUGGUCGCGCAUCAACCUCGUCCCCGCCAUGCUCGCCGAGCAGGACCGCGACGUCUACCGCAGGAACCAGGCGGCCCUCGCCCGCGAGAAGGAGAUUAUGAAGGACGUCCCCGGCUGGGAGGUCGGCAAGAGCGCCUACAACUCCAAGAAGUAUACCCCCAGCACCAUUGUCGUUCUCUAA